AUGAGUGCGUUUAACACAGUGUUGAGCAUAAUUUUUGCUACCCUGUGGUGCGGUUCUGUUUAUUAUGAUGUAACGUACCAACCACGACUUGGUCAUGACUGGUAUAUCUACAAACUGGUCAUGCUAACCAAUUUAAAUUUCGUGAUCAUCACAAUUUUCGCGAUCUUUGCGCUGAUCGGGGUGUUCCUCGGAUCUUGGAGUCAGUUCAAAGCAUCUCUAGACUUUUCCUUCUAUUGUACGAUAUUUCCAGUUGCUGUGACCACCUGCGCCUUGUUUUGGGGCUUGUACGCCAUCGAUCCAGAGCUGGUAAUGCCUGAAUGGGCGGCCAGAUUAAUCCCUUCAUGGUUAAACCAUGUCACUCAUACGCUGCCUGUACUCUACGUUAUUUUUGAACUAAUCGCAUCCAGAAGGAAUCCACCGUCGCAUCGACAAUCGCUGACGAUGGCAGCACUUCAUGUUUUCAUCUAUUUUAUUAUAAUAAUCGUGGUUAGAGUGUUGGAUGGCUAUUGGUUGUAUCCGCUUCUGGAAAUACUCUCAUUCGAAGCUUUUGCUGUCGUAUUCGUGCUAUCCAUACUUGGAUACUAUGCGUUAAUCCGAAUGGCUGCAGAUCUGACCUCAUUGAUCCACGGUCGUCACGUUCUUAUGAAACCGAAACGAUCCAAUAAAUUCGACUGA